AUGCGGCACGAUAUAAGAAAGAUUUUCGACAAGCUUGAUGAAGAUGGUGAUGGAUUAGUGAGUUUAGGUGAACUCAAAGGCCUACUUGAUAAGAUUGGAGCUUGUACGGAUCUUGACGAGCUCCAAUCUUUGGUAGGAAAAACGAGCCUAAACUUCAUUAAUUUCUCCCUCUUUUACGAGGCGAUGGUGAAGAAAAAUAAUGGGGAUGAAAAGAGAAAAGAGGACAAUAAUUUGGAAGAUGAUCUUGUUGAAGCAUUCAAGGUGUUUGAUGGAGAUGGUUUUAUUUGUUGUGAGGAGCUUCAAAAAGUGCUGACAAGAUUAGGGUUAUGGGAUGAGAAAGAAGGAAGUGAUUGUAAGAGCAUGAUUCAUAUGUAUGAUACUAACCUUGAUGGAGUUCUUGAUUAUGAGGAAUUCAAGAACAUGAUGUUGGUAUCUAAUUCUGACGGUAUUCCUAGUUUGUAA